AUGUGUGGUGAGCGGCAUUAUUCUCAGUGGACGGGUACAUGGGAUGGCGAAGCACGCAGGAUUCCCGGAGCCGGUGCCCUUUUCCCUGAGGGAUACGAACCACGAAUCAAUGAACCAUAUCCAUGGAUUUGUCCAAUUCGGGAUUGUCAAACUGUGUUUCCAGAGGCCUGGGCCCUUGGGGGGCAUUUCAGCGCAAGUCACUGGGCUCUUUUACUCAACGAUAACCGCGAUGGCACCAUGUCCAUUCUCGGGAAGCGAAAACUCCCUGAUCCUAGGACAGGGAGAAUGCCCGCGCUGGUGAUCUCUCGCCAACCACUCGAUCCAGCAACUGCCCCCCCAAAAGCACCUCCUCGACAACCGGGAAGGAGAAAGAAGACGGAGAAAAGAGUUCCCCUGUCCGAUGUGACCCCCAAAAGGCCCAAAGAGACACCGGUGCCAGUCCCUAACCCCUACAACACGCCUGGACGACGGUCAAACAGUUUUCUUGUCGUCGACCUGCCUGCCCGUAGCAACACGUCGUCCAGACAUUUUCAUGUCCCUGAUCAACAUGCAAAAACACCUUUACAUGACAAGAGCACACCCACCGCGAGCAGUGGCCUCCACUCUUCAAAAGAAACUAGGCCUACUGAAGCACCGAAUACCAGGCCAAGUAAAGGUGGCUUUUCAGGAGCUAGCGGCAGCGACGAAGCCAUCUUCGCUUUGCCCACCCGUAAAUCCUUGAAAGGAAAAGGUGGCGUUCCGGUAUCAUCACGAGCAGCAAGGGCCCAAGUGUCACAAGAAUGCCUGACAAAGGCUGGUGUUGGCGGCACUGCCCAAGGCCUAAAGGAGAGCAUCACAUCCACCAGAAAAUCUGGAUGGUUGUCCAAGUCUAUGUCAUUGACACGCCCAACUCAGCAAGCUCCAGAACGUCCUGCCCAAGCCGUCUCUCGGUCCAAGCAUUCGGCAGCGAAGCGGUCAGCAUCAACAGCCUCGAAGACCUCCAAGUCAACUCCAGCCUCUGUUGGGGCAAGGCCGCAACGAUCAGGAAGGGGUGCACCGCCAUUGUCAUCUGCCUCUUCUUCUUCUGCCUCUUCCCCAUCGCGGGGAGUUGUACCACCUUACACAAUGUCAGACUGGGAGAUUGCCCCCGGCCGUAUCCGGGUAGGGAUGGGAGACAAAUACGAGAGUAAGUCAACCUCUGAUCCUGUUCUUACUUCUAUUCCUCUCUGCGCACCAGGAAGCUGA